CGUUAUCGAUAAGCCGAAAACCUCAGCACACCUAACAUUGAACCUCCCAUCAUCGUCACCACCAGCUUCCCUCCAUCCACACCACACACCGCAAACAACCAUACGCCCACAACUUACAACAAUUGAAUCUACCAUAUCACACCUACCAUACUACACGAAACCAACUACCUACCCACCUACUCAAAAUCCAACCCCACAAUGUCAACCCCAACGCCAGACGACCCAACACCACCACCACCAACAACCACAACCACAACUUCCACCACAUCGCAACAACAACAACAACAACAACCCCGCCUCCCCGUCCAAACCCACCACUGCCGCUUCUGCAACCACCUCCUCCUCGCAACGACCCGAUCAAUCCCAUCCCUACCGAGACGCAAAGACCCCGCAAAAGACGGGGCGUUAAUCCUCCCUCUUCCGCGCGAUCACAGCACCACCGACGACGACGAAGAAUCCAAUUCCACUUCACAACCUUCCAAGAAACAAAAACACUACACGAUUCUUCUCUCCACCACUAUUCCCGAUCGGAAACAUACCCUCGUGCGCAGGGAAGAUGGGUUCGAGAAGAGGUUGUUCCUACGGUGUGGACGGUGUAGAGUUGUCAUGGGGUAUUUCUUGGAUGAGGUGCAUUUUGGGGGGGUGAGUUCUGCUGCUGCUGAAGAGGAUGGGGAGGGGGAGGGGGAGAAGGCGAGAGAGGUGGUGUAUCUGCUGCCUGGGGCUUUGGUGGAGACGGGGGUGAUGAUGCGGGAUGAGGAGUUGGAGAAGGUGGUUAAGGGGUUGGAUAGGGAGUGGGUGGGGUGGUUGGAGGGUUAAAUCAAUAUAAUUUAUUUAUGUUUUGAUGCUGUGCGCAUAGCAUAGUCUUUGGUUGUGGCGAUGUGUUUUGGGAGGGAAGUGAUAUAAGUCGGAGUUGUUUGUGCUAGCUAUAUUUGUACCUGUACUUUACUUCAUAUACCAUGUAUCAUUUUACCAUAUUUAUUCAUGU